CGCCGGGAAGGCCAGGCUCCGGGCCCGUCGCCUGGGGCGGCCGUUGGUAGGUAACCUCUGUCUUUCCCUCCACGCCCACGGCUCCUGAUGGACAACUGGCUGGCACCUGCACUGCGAGGGUGGAUUUGGUUUCCCAGCUGCGGAUGCCCCCUUUUCAAUUAUUAAAGGGAAAAAACAUGAAGAAAAAACAUGAUACCAUUGUUUGUGAACCUAAAGAACUUCUGAAUGCCUCUCCCAAAGUAACAAAUUGUUGCAAAUCCCUGUGGGUGAAAUACAGUUUUCAGGAGUACAUGAUGGACUUGUCAGCUCCCAGCCAGUUUCAGCCAUGUCAAGGAACCCAGGUCACUAUCUGCCUUUUCAGCCCAAGGAGAGUAGCAGUGGCCAGAACCAUCACCAGGAGGAGAUAAUCCACAAGUUGGCCAUGUAGUUGAGAAAAAUCGGGGACAGCAUUGAUUGUG